AAUCAGCACACAUUCCACCACAGGGCUGGGGACAUUCCUCCCUCGGGGUACAGGUCCCUGGAAGCUGCUUUUUCCAGCACUUGUAGCCUCGAGUGGUUGUGGGAGCACUGGAAGGGCCAUCCCCUUGCUGCCUGGCAGGGACAGACUGGCCAUGGCCUCUGUCAGGAGUACAGGACAGCCAAAAGUGCACAGAGGGACAGGAGGAUUCCCCUCCCUGCCAUGUUCUCAGCAUGAAGGAUUCUGAGAGACGAAGGAAGGGGACUUUCCUCUGUUUGCAUCUCUUUGGAAACACCCAGGUCCCAUGAGGAUGGAAGCUUGCCAUGGCAGGGCUCCCGUAAGGAACUGCUUGGUGCUAUCCGAGCAGCACUGACAGGACAGGGAGCUGCUUGGAAAGGUCACCUCACCCUGUGCCACAGCUCCUCAGUCUGAGAUCUAGUGAUCAUGAGCAACACUGUAAUAAAAUCACGGAAUCAUUUAGGUUGGAAAAAGCCUUUAAGAUCAUUGCGUCCAGCCAUUAACCUGAGCUGCCAAGGCCACCACUAACCCGUGUCCCCAGGUGCCAUAUCCACUGCCCCUUAGAUCUCUCCAGGGAUGGUGACUCCAUCACUUCCCUGACUGUUCCAAUGCCUCACAACCCGUCUGAUGAAGAACUUUUUCCUUAAUAUCCCGGCUGGGCGUGGUGGGGCGGUGGAGUCGAAAGUAGUGGGGCUGGGGCCAAUGCCGGGGCCGCUCGGAAGGAGCGGGGCUGGGAUUGAGGCGGGGGAAGGUGGGAUGCCAGUGCCGGUGGGAUACUGGGAUGGGUCGGAUGUCGGGACUGGUAGUAUGCCGGAUCCGGUGCAAUGCCGGUGCCGGUGGGAUGCUGGGGCCGGUUCAAAGGAGGGGUGCCGGGAUUGAGGCCGGGAAGGAUGGGAAGCCGGUGCCGAUGGGAUGCCGGGGCGAGUCUGAUGCCGGUGGCGGUACGAUGCCGGGGCGGGUGGCAUGCCGGUGCUGAUGGGAAGGAGCGGGGCCGGGCCUGGCGCGGCGGGGGCGGUCGCAGGCGGAGCUGGGCGGCAGCAGGAGGAGCAGCGGGAGCAUGGCGGAGGCCGAGCAGGACGGCGUGUCCGGAGCGCCGGCGGCGCCGCCGCGGUACCGGGGAGCGCUGCACCCCGACACGUGGGAGCAGGAGCUGGAGGCCAUCCCCAUGUUCAUGAAGCGCUGCCCGGCCGAGAUCGACGCGGCGCGGCAGCCCGAGCUCGCCUGCCUGCAGUCGCUGCUGUUCGACGAGGAGCGGAGCCCCGCAGAGCUGGCCAGGAUGUACAAGAACGAGGGGAACGAGUACUUCAAGGAGAAGGACUACGGGAGAGCGCUGGCCGCUUACUCGGAGGGGCUGCGGAGGCGGUGCGGGGACGCCGAGCUGGACGCGGUGCUGCUCACCAACCGGGCGGCCGCACAUUUCCACCUGGGGAACUACCGUUCUUCUCUAAAUGAUGCCAUCCAAGCCAAAAAGCUGAAGCCCACCCAUCUCAAAGCCAUCAUAAGAGGAGCUCUCUGUCACAUGGAGCUGAAGAAUUUCUUGGAAGCAAUAGCAUGGUGUGAGGAGGGCUUGGAAAUAGACUCAAAAGAGAAAAAGCUUGUGGAAAUGAGAGCUAAAGCUGACAAAUUAAAGCGAACUCAGGAGCGGGAUGCCAGGAAAGCAAAGGUGAUGGAGAGCAAGGAGCAGUGUCAGAAGGAGAUGUUGCUUGCAGCAAUAAAGGAAAGAAAUAUCAAGCUGGUUCUUGAGCCUUCAGAUGAAGAAGAGGAAGUGUCAGAUGGCCUGGCUGAGAUAUCCUUGGAUGGGUUCCACUCUGGCAGUGCCACAGGGGCAAAGGUGCACCUGGAUGCUGAUGGCAGCCUGAGCUGGCCUGUCCUCUUCCUGUACCCUGAGCAUGAGCAGACAGAUUUCACUGUGGCUUUCCAUGAGAGCUCCAGGUUUAUUGAUCAUUUAAUGGUGAUGUUUGCUGAAUUACCUCCUUGGGAUUUAGAAAAAAAAUACCUUCCCAACAAUCUUGAGCUCUAUUUUGAAGAUGAAGAAAGAGAAGAAUUGUAUGAGGUGAACCCAGAACACACAUUGCUACAGGUGCUGCAGCACGAAAGGUAUUUUGUAAAGGCCGGGACCCCGACAGUUUUGGUGUUUGCCAAGCGUUCUCCUUUCUCUAAGAAAUACUUCUCUGGCAAGAAAGUGCAUCGACUGUAAUGAGCAAGAAAGAAACAAGGAAUCCUGUGCAAGAGGCUGCUGUUUGUUAGCCCAGCUCCAGGCUGCAGACUUCUGCUUGAACAAAAAUGCCUUGCACUCUUCAGGGGAGGAAAAUAAUCUUGGCACACAGGGAAACUUCCAGGGGAGCAGCACAGGAGGAGGAAGGGCUAACAUGAGGGGAUUAUUUUUUUAAAAGGGAACCCAGCUGGCUUGCAGAAGGUCUCCUCUAUGAUAGGCUGCAUGUGGUUUUGAAAUAAACCUGAAGCAGUGCCAAGCACUGGCUGUGGUUGCAGUAAGAGCAGCUGGGAACGUACUUCCUUACCUGAGAAAAUCCCAGAUCUGCUCGGAGGUGGGCUGUGGCUGCUGGGGUUCAGCAGCAGUGGCCUGGGGAGGUGCCUGCCUGUUGCAGCAGGGUGGAUGCAGUCGGGUUCCUGCCUGGGACUCAGCAGCUGCUGUUUUGUCCCUGCCUGGCUGUGCUGCUGGCCAGGCUGCAGCAGAGCUGUUUGUUUGGAGCAGUGUUUGACUGACCCUUUUGAUACCUUACUGGAUGUCCUACAGAACCUGGAAUAAACAUGGCUAUUUUAAGUAGA